AUGGGGGGCUGUAGAGGUCCCGUUCUGAGUGGGGGAUGGCGUAUAUGGGGGAGGGCUGUAGAGGGUCCUCACAAUUCUGUGGUAUUUGAAGUUGUGGAUUGUUACUCCUCUGCACAUCCAGUCUGACUAUAAGGGGCACUCAUGUCAUCCCCAAUUCUUACUAAAAGUUGAUUUCCUGAAAGUUUGUGUUUCUGUUCCUUUUUAGGGUGCUGACACAACUGAGGCUCUUACAGCUACUGGAUGCCUGCCUUCGGAAUUCAGAUUCAGCAGCUCCCCAACAAUGGAAAACAUGUGAGUUUCUGUGCCCUUAGUUUCAUUUUUCCAACUGGCAAAUUAAGAUAUUUCUUGGGGAUUACCUUAUAAAAACAAGCUGAAAUGGGGAACAUAUGACCCCUGUGUUGUCCAGUCAUUCCCUCCCAGUUUAGAAGGCUUUGCAAGGCCAGUUAUGUUGGGAGACUGUCAUAUUAUUUACGAAACGGUGAAUUCAAAAUCACAUUAUGAAGUUUUGUUGACUUUUUGUUCAUUUUGCAAUUGGGAUUUCCGUUCCCUAGAAAUCCAUUGUUUAAAUAAACACACAGCAGUGUUGCAACUUAAAGGGGAACUGCCAUCUCGAAGAGGCUUACACAAUCUAAUCAGCGUACGCAGUGAGUUGUGGAGUUCACUCCCUGCAAUACCACGGGAAAUACGGCUUCUCAUCAGUCUGCUUCCUAACCUGGAAGUAGUGUUUGUGAACCUUGCUCUGCUGCUCACCUUAUUAAAUGUCUGUUUUACCAGACUCUGAGAAGGCUUUAUGAGAUCAAUGAUGACUGUCACCAGUUCAAAGGGUUAAUAAAAAAAACAAAAAAAACAAACUAGUGUUAGGAAAACCACAGAGCCUGGCCUGUGCCAACUAAUGAAUUAAACAAAAUGUUUUACACUUACCUUAUUCCAGUGCCAAUGUCACUCAGUAGUGGGUCACACUCCGCCACGUUAGCCAAUGAGGGGAGGCUAACUUACCUGUGCGUCGAGCCAUGUGCACAUUAAAACAUCCCCAUAUCAAAUCAUUGACUCAAAGAUUUCUUACUGAUCUCUUCUAAUUUCCUACUAAAACCUCUCGAGUCACAUCGUUAAAAUCUGUCUUAACCCUGCAAUAGAAACAGUUUCUCUAAAACUGCAGGGUUAAGGGGACAGGGACACUGCACCCAGACCACUUCAAUAAAGUGAAUAUAGUGUGCCUUCAAUAUUCAAUUUCUAUAAAGGUUCAGCUAUGUAUGUAAUUAUCAAACAAACUCGUUUUCUACAAUUUUGAACUUUUUUUUUUUUUUUUUUUUUACACCUAGACGUCAGCUCCAGGCCCAGUUUACAAGGGAGAGAGACUGGAAUCGGUUCCAUCAGCCCCGGAACCUCCUACUUGCGCUUGUUGGUGAAGUUGGGGAACUGUCUGAGCUCUUGUGAGUAUAGAGCUGAGGAACAUUUAGAUACACUAGAUAUCGGGGUGAAUUUGAUUUAAAUCCCUAUUCAGGGAAAAAUUCAUUAAACAGAUUUGUAUUUAAUUUAUUUUUUAGUAUAUGCUGUAUUGAUAGAGCUGGCUUUUUUUUGUUAGGGAGGGGUUAAGGGGGAAUGGUAUAUUGGUUGUGGCUAUUGGGGGAGGUAUAUUGGUAGACUUGAUAUUUCGGGGGCUGCAUACAUGCAGGUUAUCAAGAAAAAUGAAAACAAAGUUGUGGAUAACUUGCUACAGUCGGCUGUAAAACAGACUUUAUUUGCUAUAGAUGGUCGGUUUGUUGCUGCUGCCUGUACUGGGGGAAUUCAGGCUAACUAAGAUAUUCUACAUAGUCAUCACCUUAGACUUAAAUGUUCUUAUCCUGCCAACAAACACCAUCUUAAAGGGAAACUAUAGCCACCCAGAUCACUUCAGUUCAUUGAUGUGGUCUGAUGCAUUGCACCAGGUCCCUAUAGUUUCCCUUAAAUGAAUAGGGAGAACCUAAGUGGGAUUGGUGGGGGGGACGACGAUUCAUAGACUAUUGAAAGAUUAGUCUAGUCUAUGUUGUACAUUGGUCUUCCUUCUGGUGAGAUCUUGGUAAUUCUCUUUCUAGUCAGUGGCAAGGAGAAGUGGCAGAAGGUCUCCCUGGCUGGUCAGAGUCCCAAAGAGAAGCUUUGUCACAUGAGCUGAGUGAUGUCCUUAUCUAUCUCCUGGAGCUGGCAGAGAAAUGCCGAGUGGAUCUUCCCCAAGCUGUGCUCGCCAAGAUGGAGCUGAAUGCCAAGAAGUAUCCUGCAAGCCGCGUUCACGGCAGCGCUAAGAAGUAUACGGAGUAUAAUGCCGAUAAUGGAGCCUGCAGCUCAACUGAGCCAGGACUGAAUGCUUAA